CAUACUUCUACUACUUUAAACUGACAAGGGUUUUUACAAAAUCUAGGGUUUUAGUUUUAAACAAAGAAGAGACAUGGCGGAGGAAGCAGCGAAAGAAAUCAACGAAACCAACGCGGCCACGGAAGACAUGGAUCUCGUAGCAGGCGGAGACGAAAACGUUGAGUCUAAGGCGAAGCGAGCGAGAAAGGAGGAAGAGGAGGGGGACGGUAACGGUGAUGUUUCGAAGAAGCAGAAGGUUGAUGAGAACGAGAAGUCGAUGGAGGAGGAGCGGUUGGAGGAAAAAUCAGGAGGUGCGGAGGAGAAAAAUGGAUCGGGUCGGGUCAAUUUGGGCCCGAAGGUGUUCGGAUCGUCGGUUGAGAUGUUCGAUUACUUUUACAAGAUUCUUCACUUUUGGCCUCCCAAUUUGAACGUCAACAAGUAUGAGUACAUGGUGUUGCUAGAGUUGCUGAAACAAGGUCAUGCAGAAGCUGACAGGAAGAUUGGAGGAGGAGUCCAAGCUAUCCAAGUCCAAUACCACCCAAGUUGGAAAAGUAGGUGCUUUUAUCUUAUUAGAGAGGAUGAAUCCGUAGAAGAUUUCAGCUUCAGGAAGUGUGUGGAUCAAAUACUCGCUUUACCUGAAGACAUGAAAAAUAAAGUUGAUGCGAACAAGGCAUUGGGUGGUGGUGGGGGCAAGGGUCGUGGAGGAAAAAGUGGCCAUGGAAGAGGUGGGCAUGGCCGUGGAAGAGGUGGUAAGUGGAGGAACUGAAGUAUUUGUCUUAAAAUUAUAGGGGAUGGAGUUGGGUGUCCGAUUGAAAAUGGUUCACAGACUCAUCUUCUUUCUAUCCAGCUUUCAAUUUCUUUUGGUAUUAAUGACUUGUGGCGGUAAAUUUUUUGUCCCCAUUUGAUUUCCCUUUAUUUAUGCGAAGAAGUAGUUUUAUUUUCACAA